AAGCACCACCUUUGGGACGGACGGGAGGCGGCAGCUGCCUGCCGGGACAGACGGGACGGAUGCUGCGGGCUGUUGCCUCUCGGGCUCCUCUUCUCCUCCUCCUCCUCUGAAUAUGGUUUUCGUUCUUCUGCGAUUCAUGAAGGGCUUUGUACAGAAACAAGGAAGCACUUUUUUGGGAGUAUUUGCUGCCGGUUUCGUUGGUAUGAGCCGCUGAUGAGUGCGGAGAGGACAGGAUGCCCGCCAGCGGCGCCGACUCGCUGAAGCCCAGCGCCUUCAUCCCGGUGUGCACCGCCGCCUGCCUCCUGGUCGGAUCCACCUCCCUGUUCUUCGUCUUCACAUGCCCAUGGCUGGCUGUGACCAUCUGCCCUGCUGUGCCACCAUGCUGUGCCGUCCUUUUCCUUUUUGUGCUGGCCAACUUCACCAUGGCAACCUUUAUGGAUGCUGGUGUGCUCCCGAUGGCCAGCGAGGAUGAAGACAAGGAUGAUGAGUUCCGCGCUCCGCUCUACAAGAACGUGGACGUGAAGGGCGUCCAGGUGCGCAUGAAGUGGUGCGCGUCGUGCCACUUCUACAGACCUCCACGCUGCUCCCACUGCAGCGUGUGCGAUCACUGUGUGGAGGACUUUGACCAUCACUGUCCCUGGGUCAACAACUGCAUCGGGAGGCGAAACUACCGCUACUUCUUCCUGUUUCUGUUGUCUCUCACCUUUCACAUGAUCGGCGUCUUCACCUUCGGCCUCAUAUACGUCCUGCACCACAUGGACGAAUUAUGGAAGCUGCACUGCACUGUCACUUUGGUUGUGAUCAGUAUAUCAGGGCUGUUUCUCAUCCCAGUCCUGGGCCUCACUGGAUUCCAUUUUUAUCUGGUAUCCAGAGGACGAACCACCAAUGAACAAGUGACUGGAAAGUUUCAAGGAGGAGUGAAUCCUUUUACAAGGGGCUGUUGUAACAACUUGGAGUAUCUGGUCUGCAGUCCCAUUUCUCCAAAGUACACAGCGAGGCCCUGCAAGAAAACAGUCAUCCACAUCCAGCCUCCGUUCCUGAGGCCAGAGACUGACAAACAGACGCCAGUGAAAGCCAGGGACAACGGGAUACAGAGCCGGGAUCUCCAAAAUAAAAGACCCUCAACUGGAGCUGUCGAGCUGUCAGACAUCAAACAACAGAAAACUCCACCGCCGCUGCCUCCGAAGCCGGACCACGGUCUGCUGAAAAGCCAAGUAGCUGCAAUGGACGAAAUGGGACAUCACACCAAAUCCAUCAUUCCUGUAUCUAUUCCCACCGUGCCACAGCUGCGUCCGGUCCUGGAGGCCAUAUCCAGAGGAUCAUCCCCCAUUCCUCCAGAGCAGUUGCUGAAGACAUCAGAGCAGCAAGGGAACAACAAAGGUCCUGACCUCCGCUCUGAAUCCAGAGGAAGCCCAGUCAGAGGCAGCCAUCAGGCCGGUCUGCCUGUCCAGCCUCUCCUCCAGGCCAGUGCAGUGUCCAGCUCGCUGCAGCUCAACUCUCUGCCGCUCAACUCCCGUUCUCUCACCCUAAAACACAGCAGCCGCCACGGCAGCAAAUCCCACCUGCCCGCCAUGCACGCUGACGGUUUGGGAUCCAACCCUCCGCCGGGCAUCAUCUCCUCCUCCGGCCUGCUGGCCAACCACAGCAGCAGCAGCAGCAGCAGCAGCAGCCUCCCCUACGAUAACCUCAUCAACCCUUCAGACCCUCAGUUCAUUUCUCAGAGAGGGGCUCCUUCAGUCAGCUACCACCCUCACUUCAUGUCCCUGGGCACAGAUGGGACGGUGCAACGGCCGCCUCCCCACACCUACAGUCCAGUGUUUAUGGGUGUCUCCAGACAUUCCCCUCAGCCUCGAGACCUCUCGCCAUCUUUGCAGGGUCUCACCUCAAGGGAUCCGUCGCCUUCUUUCCAAGGUUUUAUUCAAAGAGACUCUUCCCCAGCUUUCCAAGGGCUGAUGCCCAGAGACCUCGCGACCCAAAGUGUAACAUCACGAGACGUUCCCCCUCCAGGUGUUGUCAUGCGAGAUUUGACCUCUCAAAGUCUUCGAGACAGCCUUCGGGAUCUCGUUCCGCAGGAGUUGACACCUCCCAAGUCGGCUGCUGCACGCUAUGACAACUUUUCCAAAACCAUCAUGGCAUCCCUCCACGAGAGAAGGGAGCUGGAAGACAGGGAGAGGAUGCUCCGUCUCCAAGCCAGAUCCCAGGCGCUCUACGGCCCAGACAUGGGGAUCUACGACAUCCCCAGCAGGAGGAGUUUACCGCCGGACAACAUCCGACCUCCAGGCUCCCGAGGCCCGACUCCCCCGGCGUACGGCUCCAGGGAGUUCCUGAUGAGUACAGGCAUUCUCGGUUAUGGCAUGAGAACCUCACCUCUCUCCAGCUCCUCCACGUCGUCUCUUACUCGAGGGCCAAAAACCUCCAGCUCUCCUCUGCAGAGCGGCAGCAGCAGCAGCCUACAAAGCAAAGGCAGGUCUUCCUCUCCGGCCUAUUGCCCUCCCGAGAGGCAAACGCAAGGCCUCCCUUCCUCUACGUCCACCCUGCCCCGUUUGUUCCCCUCCAACGCCUCAUCUGCCCCUCCAUACACCUCCUAUGCCACCACAAAACGCUCCUCGCUCCCGUACUCCUCUGAGGGGAAGGACUCUGUCACGCUGGGAGCUCUGAAGUAAAAGAAAAGAAAAUAAAUUCCAUGUUUCUGAUGGUGUGAAUGAAUCAUCUAUGCAGCGUUAGUCUCAGUCUUCACAGCUCCACAAUCUUUUGUAAAUAAGAGGCCACAGGAAACUGUGUGGGAUGGUGUGUGAAAAACAAAUACACAGUGAAGGAUAAACUUAGAAAUAUUCUUGCAAGGUCAUUGACCAAAUGAAAAAAAAAAAACUAACUGAAUCUCAGGAUAGUUGUGCAUCCUCUUACAGACAGAGGGAGCUCUAUAAACUCAAGAGCUAUGUAAAGAAUACAGAUUAACUUAUUAUCUGUUUGUAUGUGUUUUGAUAUUGCUUUGUGAAACAGUGUAAUACCACAUUAUCUGAUUCGUCUCCUGCUGGAAAAAAGAAACCCUUGUUUAAUAGAAUUUUGUAGCUGUUUAUAUGAAUAAACUUAUUUUGUAAUUUCCA